ACAUUUGUGGUUAACUAGAAACUCUUAAAGUCCUUUUCACCUAGCUAAGUAUAGUAUCCAGUUUAUCCAAUUUUAAUGAAUCUGCAGUUUACACGACGUAUAUUUACGCCGUGCACAUGGAUAUUUAAUAAUUUUAAGUACCACCCUGCCUAAUAUCACUAACGCUGGAGGGAACGACCCGCUCCUUAUGUAGCUAAGUAUGUUAUGACGGCAGUGCGAAUUGUUGGCUGUGGCAGCAGGUAACGUUAGCCAGUCUGCUAACUUCUGUCGUGGGAAAUUGAACUUCGUUAACGAUACUCAACCAGUUACUUUUCUGAAAAGACGUAGAUCAACAAACCAGAAAUGAGUUCGCAAAUCCGACAAAACUUUCACCAGGACUGCGAGGCUGCCAUUAACAGACAGAUAAAUCUGGAGCUCUAUGCCUCUUAUGUUUAUCUCUCUAUGGCAUACUAUUUUGAUAGGGAUGAUAAAUCUCUAUCAAAUUUUGUAAAGUUCUUUCAUGCACAGUCCAAAGAGGAGCACGAACAUGCAGAGAAAUUGAUGAGUCUGCAGAACAAGCGGGGAGGCAGAAUUUUUCUGCAGGACAUCAGGAAACCUGAUAGAGAUGAGUGGGGGAGCAGCCUGGAGGCUUUGGAGUGUUGCUUGCAGCUGGAGAAAAGUGUAAACCAAUCCCUGCUGGACCUGCAGAAAAUGGCGACUGAACACAAUGAUCCCCAUUUGUGUGACUUCAUAGAAACACAUUUUCUGGAUGAGCAGGUCAAAUCUGUCAAACAGCUCGCUGACUGGAUAUCCAACCUGCGUCAGAUGGGAGCCCCUCAGAGCGCCAUGGCUGAGUACCUCUUUGACAAACACACCAUGGCUGACCAAGGCAGUUAAAAUACACUUUGACACUGAUGAUCAUCCUGGUCAAUGCUGCAUGCCACCCUGUCCCUGCAUGUAAUAGAGAUAAGGCUGCUUAUUUAGUUAGUUGUUAGCUGUCAAUCAACUGCAAAAUUUACAAAAGGCAUAGAUGGCUCUCUAAACUGAACUACUGCAGACCACACUUCAUGUUACACACCAGAUUACAAUGGAUCUAAUGUUGAUGUUUUAUAGAAUUAAUGACUGUGAAAACAUUAAUACAUGCCAGUUAUAUGUUCAUACUUCCUGAUAUUUUACUGGUUGUUUCUGUGUAUUUGGAGUUUACAAAGUGUGGUGGCUAAAACACUACAAUUUAAUGUCUGAGCUGAACUUUAAAGUGCUUUUUUUUUUUAAAUAUUUGCUUCUCUUUGAGCAAUAAGUAUAUGGCGGCUGGACUGUGCCGAUGUAAUAUUUCAAUGCUUUUAAUACAAAUUACAAUUACAUGAAAAUUUGUAAUUCAGUUUGUACUAUCUGUGUAUGUUAUUAUAAAAAAUAGAUUUGCAAAAUAAUUAGACAUGUUUACUUUAAGGUACUUCAUUCUACACCUUUAACAUAUGAUCCACAUUUGUCUCCUGAUUAAGCAUUUGCAUCUUCUUCUCAUAGUGAUACCUAAUUACCAUAUUCUCAUAUAAUAUUUGUACACUAUUGUUCCUGCAAAGACUAUGUUAUUGAGGAUAUUUAAAGGGGUGGGAGUCCUGAAAAUUGAAGCUGGCCAUCAUUUUACCUGCUGCUGAUUCUGUGUUGUACUUAUUUUAUUGGUAGACACAUUAGUAAAUGUAAUAAUCCACCAUUUAAAAAACAAUUAUUGAUAAAUAACUACCAGGGAUAAAAUUAGAAUAACACACUUAACAUUCCACUUAACCCUCCAUGUUUUUUGUUAUUUUACAUUUUUAAAUGCAUCAGAUUUGAGUUGCAUCCCUCAUAUUUAUGAGUUAACUACAUACUGUAUAGUGACUGUGUAAGAUGACUGUAGUUGCUUUAAAUUAAAGUUAUCUGAACGCACUGAUUUGGACAAGCAGAUGAAAUCCA